AUGUCGACGUUUGAUGGAAUUGUCCAAGAGUUCCCGGAGAUCCAGAUCGAUUACUUCCGGAAGAACCCUGAGAGACCAGCGCCGCUAGCCUGCUUUCUAAGCCAUGUCCACAGCGAUCAUUUACAGGGCCUCGAGUCCUUUCGGGCUCCCUUCAUUUAUUGCUCCCCUGCAACUCGAGAACUGCUGCUGCGCAUUGAAAAGUAUCCACAUCGCAUGAACUUCCAAAAGGGUAUCUUAGAGUCAAGGCGACUGCACUACAAGCAUCUAGGAAAACUCCUGCGCCCGAUCCCGCUGAAUACACCCACCGAGAUUGAACUCACCCCGAAAAAGCAUGUCCGGGUCACUCUGUUCGAUGCGAAUCACUGCCCAGGGGCUGUCAUGUUUCUCAUCGAGGGGGCCGGGAAGGCCAUCCUCUAUACGGGGGAUAUCCGAGCGGAACAAUGGUGGACCAAUGCCCUGGUGCGACAUCCGGUUCUCAUUCCAUAUACCCUGUCUCGGAAGCGACUGGACAAGGUAUACCUGGACACAACUUUUGCCGGUGCAUCUAACCCGCUCCGGGAAUUCCCAUCCAAAGCCGAUGGGCUCGCGGAGCUUCUUCAAAAGGUAGAGGCCUAUCCGGAGGAAACAGUUUUUUUUUUUCGCUCAUGGACGUUCGGUUAUGAGGACGUAUGGCUCGCAUUGUCUACCGCAUUACAUACAAAGGUUCAUCUGGAUCGAUAUCAGAUGGGUCUUUAUCGGGCUCUCUUGGAUGCGCCCGGGGGCGUUAAUGAAGCUCCUGGACUUUGCGGCUUUCGGUUGGGCAAUGGAUCUGUGGAAGGUUGCUUGAGUGACAAUGAAUCCAGCAGGAUUCACAGCUGUGAGCCGGGGGUAUCGUGCAAGGUUGCUCAGGAUUUGAACACAGUCUAUAUCACACCCAUCGUAAAUCGCACCAUUGAUGGGGUGGAAAUCCCCGAGGUUGGGGCUGGUGGCGGCGGUGGCGAUUUGUAUCAAGUCCAUGAGCUAGAGCUACCAGACGAAUCUGCUCUGGCAGGCUUGGAGAAACUCUGUGCUCAGCAUAUCCCCAACCAGGAGGUAUUAUCACAAACUCGAGAUGCACUUUCGAAGGCAUUCCGGUCAAGCAAAAAAGCCCUGUCACUUGACGAAUACGGUGUUCAGGAAGACGAAAUUUCUCUGGAGCAGCUAGUGACGAAGCUCAGCCGGGGCAAUGCUCAGGUCACGAAAUCCAAUCUACCAAACACUAUUCGAUUUCCAUAUUCUCGGCAUUCAUCGUACUCUGAGCUGUGUGCACUCGUUGCCGCGUUCAGACCCAGGGAUAUUCACCCCUGCACAGUAGACCCCUCCACUUGGUCUGAAAAUGUCUCCAUCAGGAGCCUUUUUGGUCAUUUAUGCUCUGGGGAGGAUUUCAUGCAUGAUACUUACAUGCGUGAGACGCUCGACUUGCAGUACGACGAGGAGCACCAUGCAAGAAAACGGGCCCGGUAUGACUUAGCCUCAACCCAAUCAACAGAAUCCAGCGAGGACGAAGAAAUCCCCUCGGGCACUAACGAACGACAACACGCUGAAUCUUCAAUCAUGCGCACAUUACCAGACAGAUUCCAUGUCAAAAAUGAGGAAAUCCGACGGGCACACCGCUACUUACUUCAAUACGCCGACCCGGAACUAUUGCAAAUCGGCCCUCUCCCCUCUUCAGUUCUAACAAAUGAGGGGGAAGAUGAUUUAAGCACUACCGGUAACUCAGGACCAGACGUAAUGAAUCCGCACCAGCCUACUCACACAGACUCCUUCAGCAACAAUGAUGGAGCUAAUUCCCCACUGCCGGAUAGCCAAUCACGCUCCCAGAUACAAGAAAGUCAACAAACUGAUAGCUUCACGCUCCCAAUCUCUGAAUCUGCACUUGCUCCCUCUUCUCCCAUAAAUGCAGAUACUGCUCUUCUUGCCGAAGAGUCUUCUCCGGAUCGAGGAGAGCCAGCCUCCCAAUCUGGAUCCGGAUCUGGACUAAGAGCAAGCGCCGGUCGACAACGAAUCAUGUCGCGCCUGCGUACCCGUAUUUCGGCGUAUCUCGCAGCUCAAGACGGGUCAUAUUCAGCGUGGGAGGAUCACUCGCUCGUUUCAGCAGGGUCUAAUCAUGCUGAGGAAGAGACGGAGUUGUGA